CCUCUCAUCCUCAUCGUCGCUUCGUUCGCAUCGUUCAUCACUUUGUCCAUUAUUGCCCAUUGAUCGUUUGUCGCUCGUUUGUGCAGCCACCAAUCUCGCCCUCACCAGCGCACAUACCACUCUCGUCCCAUACCACACCCCGCCCACACCUUAUCGUGCUGCCGCCGACUCGUCUGCUCCACUCUUGGGUCCCCACCAGCCACAGCCACACACAGACACACACACAACCCACGCACCCACGCGCUCAAUCUACUGUACAGUAGUAGUACUGUCGCAGUAGUAGCAACAUCUUCUCAACGACCGCCGAGAUCGCCCUCGCAACUCCCGCCGCCGUCGUCGUUGCCGCCGUUAUGGAGCAGGCCCCAGCUCCGCAGACACCGUCGGCGCGUUCGCGUGGCUUCUCGUUUCGUAGCGACCGGAGUGCAGGCUCGCGGCAGAAAGAGGAGAUCACUGAGAGUCCCAGGGACAAGGAGAGGCAGUCUCAGAUCUGGAAAUCUACUAGCAAGGCCAAUCCCAACGCUGCCCUUAGAGACUUGGAGCCUGCAGUCAAUGCGAUCUUGGAGGAGAGCACUCUAUCGUCCCUCCGCACCCAGCAACACCGGGACGUCAAUGGCAAUCUCAUCACUGAUCCGGACUUGUCCAACCCGACACGACCGCGAAUGGAACGACCCUUAGACACCAUCCGAUCGUUCGAGGCAGCAAUUGAUUCGGGAUACAAGAGGCGCUCGACCUACGGGCGCUCCGAAUCCUACAACGAGCCGGGAAGUUUCGCUCAGUCGAGGAGGAACAGCGCAUAUGGCUACAGCGCUCCUCCUCAAAAUCGAUAUUUAAAUUCCAACGCGGGAGGAUACUAUGGCGGACGAGGCGCAGACGGGUACGGGCCAGGUCCGGGUAGGCCUUCGUUUGGCGCGCCUCGCAUGCAGUCAGAGCCGUACAUGCAACGGCCAUAUCCCCCACACCAUGGCUAUCAUCAGUCACAGGAUACAAUGGCAACCGGAGUGACGAAUGGUUCAGACAGUACGGGACCAUGGGCGAACAGUACAGACCCCAGCAGCGAGAAUAGCUCAAUCGACAAGAAUUACCCGUCCAACGGCUUUGGUCAGAACGGCCAUCCACCGAACGGGCAUGGCCCCGGAUCAUCAGGACCGAUACCCGAGGACGGCGCGUAUCCGAUGAAGCACGGAGGUGCUGUACAGCCACCAGCGGGCGCACGUCGACCCAUUCCUCUCGGCAACUCGGGCAGCUCCAGCCAAAUUCCUACUACAGGAUCCUUGCCCACGCAAAAGAGAUCCGAGCCCGAAAAACGCAAAGGCCGGCUGUCUCGCAUGUUCAGCAAGAAAGGCAGAGACUAGAAAGGAAGGGGGGCGCGCGCGACAGGUUGUGCACGAAAGAGAAUCUGGGCCAGUUUCCUUGGGAGUCUCGAAUAACACGCUUCGUUGCACAUAAUUUGUAAUGAAUAAUGCAGUCAUGGGGGAAUGAAGUUGAGCUCUUGUUCUUUUGACCCGUCUGGGUCCUUUUCCAGGGUGGUGUUUGUGGAGCAUAUCUCGGUCAGGGCUUGCUUGGGAAGAACAAGAAAAGAAGAUAGAUCCGCUGCUUGGCUACGAACACUGACGACGUUGAGCAUGGGUUGGGGUGGUCAGGUAUCUUGGAACCACUCUCGUCCCCACGUCAGAAUAGAACAGAUGCUGGGCGGGGGGAAGAGCUCAAAAUGAUUGACACACUUCCCAC